AUGUUUGCCAGACUCGCCAAUACAGCCCAUUAUAGGCCUCUCACGGGCUCCAGCAUAAUAAGAGCAACUAAGAGACUGUACCAUCCUAAGGUAAUUGACCACUACACAAACCCAAGAAACGUCGGAUCCAUGGACAAGUCCCUGGCAAACGUCGGAACGGGGAUUGUGGGCGCCCCUGCUUGUGGGGACGUGAUAAAAUUACAGAUACAAGUGAACGACAAGUCGGGCAUCAUCGAGAACGUCAAGUUCAAGACGUUUGGGUGUGGAUCUGCCAUCGCGUCUUCCUCCUAUAUGACGGAGCUGGUACGCGGUAUGUCGCUUGACGAGGCAGUCAAGAUCAAAAACACGGAAAUUGCAAAAGAAUUGAGUCUACCUCCUGUGAAACUGCAUUGCUCCAUGCUCGCAGAGGACGCCAUCAAGGCGGCUAUAAAGGACUACAAAACGAAGAGGAACCCGUCCGUUUUGCAUUGA